AUGACAACAACGAAUUCAUCUAAUUUGAUUGAGACUGCUUUGGCUGCAUGCGAUAGUAUUGCGAUGUUCAAACAAUUUCUGUCGAAAACUCAAGGUUCAUGCAAACAAGACUUCGAGUCGUUAUCACAAAUACUAGAAGAGACUGACAAUAUAUUAAGAACAAAUCCUAAUUCUGAUUUUCAAGCCAAUUCAUCAUUUUGGAUUCCAUGGUUUUCUGUAUUGCAUCAAAUAUUUGAUCAAUUAGCGGAUCUCUUAACGAAAAAUAUCAAGAAGAACAAAAAAUCUCUUGAUAAAAAUUCACAAAGUCAAAUUCAAAAAUAUCAGCAACAAUUCACUGCUCUUAUUGAUAGUUACAAAGUCCGCUCACAAACUGUUCCAUGGUAUAUAUGGAUAUAUACAAGUGAUAUUCAAGGAACAGGUACACGUGCUGAAGUAAUUCUUGUUCUCUAUGGUUAUAAUGGAAAAUCUCAUGAUAUUAAAUUACGAAGUAAAUCUAAUACAUUUGAAGCUGAUCAAUGCGAAGAAUUUAAAGUUGAUAUAGCUGAUGUUGGUACACCAUUUAAAUUACGUGUUAGUCAUGAUAAUAAAAAAUUAUUUGCACCAUGGCAUCUUGAUCGAAUUGAAAUGGAAAAUCUUAAAACAAAUAAACGAUAUAAAUUUCAUUGUAGAAAAUUGUUAUCAAUAUCAGAUGAUGAUAAACAAAUUAUACGAGAAUUACCAGCUGAAGGUUCAGGAAUAUCAAGAUCUUUACCUAUUGUUAAGUAUACGGUUGAUGUAUAUACGGGAAAUAAAACUAAUGCCGGAACAGAUGCUAAUGUAUUUAUUAAUAUUUUUGGUGAAUGUGGUGAUACAGGAGAACGUCCAUUAAAGUAUUCAAUAAAAGGUGGAAACAAAUUUGAAAUAAAUAAAGUAGAUAGUUUUAUUAUUGAAGCUGUUUCAUUAAAACAAAUACGAAAAAUUCGAAUCGGUCAUGAUGGAUCUGGUUCGAGUGCUGGAUGGUUCUUAGAUAAAAUUGUCAUACAUUCAGAAGAUCAAUGUUAUGAUCCAGCAACAUUUGAAUGUCAUAGGUGGAUUGCUGAGGAUGAAGAUGAUGGACAAAUUGUUCGAGAAUUAACUCUUCAAACAGCAGCACAACAUUUAGAUAAAAUAACAUAUAAUAUUAGAAUAAAAACUGGAGAUGUUUUACAGGUUGGAACUGAUGCUGAUGUAUACUUGAAAAUUUUCGGUGAAAAUAGUGAUACAGAUAAAAUACAACUUAGAACAACAGAUAAUAUAUCAAAUAAAUUUGAAAGAAAUCGUAUUGAUCAUUUUACAUUUGAAUUUGAUGAUCUUGGAAAAAUUAAACAUAUAAUUAUUGGACAUAAUGGAAAAAAUCCAGCAUCAAAAUGGUUUCUGGAUUGGAUAGAAAUCGAUAUUCCAAUGCAAGGAGAACUCUAUAGAUUUGUCUGUAAUCGUUGGUUAGAUAAAAGUGAAAGGGAUGAUAAAAUUGAACUCGAUUUAACGCCAUCUAAUAGAAUAAAAAAAAGUUCAGUUAUUCCAUAUGAAGUAAUAGUUUUCACUGGUGAUAAAAGUGAUGCUGGUAUAGAUGCACAAGUAUUUAUUCAAAUGUAUGGUCUAAAUGGUAAAACAGAAGAAAUUAUUUUAAAAAAUACAUCAGAUACAUUCAAACGAAAAGCGAUAGAUAAAUUUAAAAUAGAAGCUUAUGAUAUAGGACAAAUAGAAAAAAUUCGAAUUGGUCAUUAUUCAGAAAAAUUUAACUCAGCAUGGUAUCUCGAAAAAGUACUUAUUCAACGACAUUUAAGUGAAAAAUCUGAUAAACAAAAACAAGGCUUUAAAUCUAAUCGAUCACAACGUCUUAAUCAAAUAAAUGCAAUUGAUCCAAAUGUUGAAGAAUCUUGGUUUGUUUGUCGACAAUGGUUUGAUAAAAAUUCAGGUGAUAAAGCAACUGUUCGAGAAUUAUUACCAGUUGAUGAACAAGAAAAUUCAUUAAAAGUAACAUAUAUGAUACAUGUCUUUACUGGUAAUAAAUCUGAAGUUGAUACAGAUACAAAUGUUUUUCUAACAAUCUAUGGUGAAUUUGAAGAUACAGGUGAACGUGAAUUACGACAAUCGAAAACAAAUAAGAAUAAGUUUAAACAAAAUCAAGAAGAUAUCUUUGAAAUCAAAUCUACAUCAUUGGGCAAAUUAAGAAAAAUAAAAAUUCGACAUGAUGAUCUUGUUUCUGCAUGGUAUCUUGAUCGAGUGGAAAUUAUUGAUCCAGAAACAAAUCAAACAUAUUAUUUUAUAUGUAAAAGCUGGUUGGCUACUGAUAUAGAUGAUGGAUUGUUAUGUCGUGAAAUUCCUGCACUUGAAAAUAAGGCACUACAUUUAGCAACUGCUUGUAAGGAUUCAGCUGGAUCAUCAGUUGAUUUCGAUUUAGAAAUGAAAUCUAAUGCGACUACAUAUAAAAUUAGUGUUAUUACGUCAGAGAAAUGGGGUAAUGGUACAGAUGCUAAUGUUUAUAUUAUUAUCUUUGGACAGAAUAAUGAUACAGGUUUGAUUCGUUUAUUUGAUGAAGGUGAGAAAAAAACUAUGAUAUUAUCAAUAGGCAAAGUUCCAUUGACAACGUCAAAAACACAUACAUAUCCAUUUGAAAAAGGUCAUACUGAUGUAUUCGAGAUCGAAACCAUGGAUAUUGGUGAACCCACAAAGAUAAAAAUUGGUCAUGAUGGUACAGGUUUACAAUCCGAUUGGUUAUUAGAACAAGUCGAAAUCGAUAUACCUAAAUUCGGUCGUACAUGGAAAUUUUCAUGUGGAAAAUGGUUAAGUAAAUGGAAAGGUGAUUGCCAAUUAGAAAUUGAACUGUAUCCACAAGAUAUGGCAACUGAAAUUUAUACACCAUAUGUUUCAUAUGAAAUAAAAGUUUUCACAUCAAAAGUUUCUGGUGCUGGAACAGAUUCUAAUGUUCAUAUUGAAAUAUCUGGUGUUGAAAAAACAACUGGUCAAGUUUAUUUAUGUAGCAAAACAGAUAGAAGAGGCAAAUUUCGAACAGGUUCAGUUGAUACAUUUGUACUUGAACUUGAAGAUGUUGGCAAAGAUAUUAAAAAAAUUCGUAUUGGACAUGAUAAUCGUGGUUUCGGUGCAUCAUGGCAUUUAGAUCAUGUUGAAAUUCGUCGAUUAGAUAAAAGUCAAAAAAAUAAAAUAUUUAUAUUUUCAUGUCAUCGAUGGCUUGCUAAAGAUGAAGAUGAUGGAAGUAUUGUACGUGAUCUCUUUCCAGAAAAAGUUAUUGAAGAAAAACUUGACCAAAACGAACAAUUACAAGAUGAAGAAAGAGAAGUUGAACCUAAAAUUAACAGUCAAACAAUUGAUUCUAAUGGUAACGUACCACUUCAUGAUGAACCGUUUAAACACAAGACAUCGGAAAUAUUAGAACAAACUGUUGACGAUGUGUAUACAGAAAUUCAAGAAUCGGUAAACACACUGAAGACAGAUAUCAUAAUUCCGUAUACGUCGACAAAUCAUUACCAACAUUCCUUAUGUUCUCCGCCCCCACCACCAAGAUUAAUACAACCACCAUCAUAUGCAACGCCAAGCCGAGGAUCUGUAGAAAUAGCACAUACGAAUACUUGUCUUUGUUUAUGUCGUCGUCUGCAGCAAAAUCAACGUCGUAUGACUCAAUCUAAUCACCAUCCUGCAUCUGCUUCAAAACAAAGUCUGAUGAUCAGCUAUAACUGGGAUAAUCAGGCUAUAUGCAAGAAAAUCUAUGAUCGUUUGCGAUCAGACGGAUACACAAUAUGGUUUGACGUUCAGAAUAUGCAUGGAUGUAUCUAUACAGCAAUGGCCAAAGCAGUUGAACAAUCGGAGAUUAUUCUGUUCGGAAUGACUGAAAAAUACAGACAAUCAGACAAUUGUCGUAAAGAAUUAACAUAUGCAUGUAAGAAACGUAAACGGCUUAUUCCAUUAAGACUCCAAGAAAAAUAUGAUCCUGAUGGAUGGCUUGGUCUUAUCUCAGCUGAAUUGCUCUAUAUUGAUUUUACAAAAAAAGAUUUUGAUACAAACUAUCGGAAUUUACUCAAGGAAAUUGAAACUGGUGAAAAUGUUUUGUGA